GGGCCAGGGCCCAGGCGUCCUCACCGCCCCCUUGGGGGGUCCCCUGUCCAGGCCAGGCCGCCCCCGAUCCCGUUUUUCCGCUUCCAUAACCCCUGGAUCCCGAGGGAGACGGAGACGGCGGCGGCGAUCCGGGAGCGGCCCCGGGCCAGAAUGAGCCAGGAUGGAUGAAGCGGGCGCCCCGGCCCUGCUUCCCGACAGCCUGCUCUACCAAAUCUUCCUGAACCUGGGCCACGCCGACGUACUGGCCGCCGGCCUGGUUUGCCGCCAGUGGCAGGCCGUGGCCCGCGACGAGUUCCUCUGGAAGACGCUCUUCUACCGCUACUACCGCGUGGACCGGCACGUGCCCCGCCAUCCGGCUGCCGUCUCCUGGUACGAGGAAUUCCGGAGGCUCGCCGACACCAUCCCCUGCGUAGAAGUCCAGACCCUGAGGGAACACAGCGACCAGGUGCUGCACCUCAGCUUCUCCCGAAAGGGCCUCCUCUUCGCUUCCUGCUCCAAGGACUGUACCGUCAAGAUCUGGGACAAUGACCUGGCCAUCUCCCUGCUGCACAGCUCCAACAUGCGACCCUACAACUGGAGCUACACCCAGUUCUCCCAGUUCAACCGGGACGACACGCUGCUCCUCGUGUCCGGGGUCUUCGUGGGACCCCACAACUCCUCUUCGGGAGAGAUCGCGGUCAUCAGCCUGGACAACUUUACCCUCCUGUCCCGGGUGCGGAACAAGCCCUACGACGUGUUCGGCUGCUGGCUCAAUGAAACCAACCUGAUCUCCGGGAACCUGCACCGCAUCGGCCACAUCACGUCUUGCUCCGUGCUGUGGCUCAACAACGCCUUCCAGGGCGUCGAGUCGGAGAACGUGAACGUGGUGAAGCGGCUGUUCAAGAUCCAGAACCUGAACGCCAGCACGAUCCGCACGGUGAUGGUGGCCGACUGCGGCCGCCACGACUCCCCCGACCUCCUCCUGGACUACGGGGAGCAGCGGGCCGCCGCCGGGCCCUGCCGCGUCUUCGACCUGGGCGACGACGACGACGACGACGACGACGAGGAGGGGGGCCGGCCCAAGCUCCCCGCGGGGGCCGAGGGGCUGCGGCGCUUCUUGGACGACCUCCUGGAGGGGCGCGGGAGGCCCCUCCUCGGCGAGCAGGAGCUGGAGAGCCGAGUGGCGGAGCUGCUGGCCAGGGGCAGGACUAAGCCCCCCGCCGCCGAGCGGGAGGCCGAGAAGAAAUAUCUGAUCUUCACCACUGGCUGCCUCACCUAUUCCCCGCACCAGAUAGGGAUCAAACAGAUCCUGCCCCACCAGAUGACCACGGCAGGGCCGGUCCUCGGAGAGGAGCGGCGGUCCGACGAGUUUUUCGACUCCCUGGACCACGUGAUCGACGUGCACGGGCACAUCAUCGGGAUGGGCCUGUCGCCCGACCAGAGGUACCUGUACGUCAACAGCCGGUCCUGGCCCGGCGGGUCGGUGGUGUCCGACCCGAUGCACCCGCCGCCCAUCGCCGAGGAGAUCGACCUGCACGUGUUCGACCUGAAGACCAUGCGGGAGGUGAAGCGGGCUCUGAGGGCCCACCGGGCCUACACCCCCAAUGACGAGUGCUUCUUCAUCUUCCUCGACGUCAGCAGGGACUUCGUCGCCAGCGGCGCGGAGGACCGGCACGGCUACGUCUGGGACCGCCACUACGACAUCUGCCUGGCCAAACUCCAGCACGACGACGUGGUCAACUCGGUGGCCUUCAGCCCCGCGGACCAGGAGCUCCUGCUGAGCGCCAGCGACGACGGCACCAUCAAGGCCUGGCGCUCCCCCCGCGUGGUGCGCGUGGGCCGGCCGCCGCGCCCCCGGGCCCCCGGGCCCCUCUUCUCCUGGCUCCUGGCUCCUUCCCCGCCGCCGGAUCCGGCCUCUCCCUCGUUUCCGAGCGGCUCCUGAAGGCCCGGGAGCGGGGGCGUGGAGCGGACGCGCCGGGCCGGGGCUCGCCCGCUUCCUCCGGGAGACCCGCGGCCCCUCGGAAGGUGGCCGGACCGUAACCCGCCGGGCCUUCGGAGACGCGCCUUCCGACCUCCGCGCCGGGGUCGCCGCGAAGGGUUUUGCUUUCAGAAACUGCCGCCCCCGUCCCCUCCCUCCUGACCUCGGAAGACGGGCCGGAGCGCGGGUGGGUUUCCCGUCCGUGUCUCGUCUUGGAGGUUCCCCAAAGCUCGUCUGGUCCGAGGGAGGCGGGAAAGUGGACGGCCUCACGUCCCUUAGCGCGGCACGAGUGUCCCAAUCGUCCAUCGGCGGUGGAAGCGUAGCCCCACGGGAGAAGAAACCACUCGGACGGUGGGGCUUCCUUUCACCUCGGUUCCGUCCGUGACACCGGAGAAGAAACCACUCGGACGGUGGGGCUUCCUUUCACCUCGGUUCCGUCCGUGACACCGGAGAAGAAACCACUCGGACGGUGGGGCUCCCUUUCACCUCGGUUCCGCCCGCGACACCGACGGAGCUCGACGCUCCGCGUUUCGCCGUUUCCCGGAUCUCGAAAGAGACCGCCGUCCCCGCCGAACCGGGGGAGAAGCCCGCGCCCUCCUUUGACGGGAUCGUUUUUGAAGCCCGGCCCGGGCGUCUGCGCCGUCUCUCCGAGCGAGAGCGCGGCAGUGGAUGUUCGGGCCUUUUUCUGCUCCCAGAUCCCGGGGUCGCGGACAAGGAAAUCCGGAACUUCUAGUUCGUUUUUCUUGCGUGUGUGUGUGUUCACGACACCCCCGUUGCCUUCACGCCCCGCCGGGAGGGAGCCCUUACCCCUCUAUGUCGGACUUUACCCGCCCUUCCUCGCUCCCUAACUUAUUCUGACCACCAGCCGGCUGCCCUCUGCCUGGUUUUCCUGUUAGAUGGGCACUGGCCUCCUCGGGGAAGCGGGGUGCGGGCGAUGGGGGGGAACCAUCCCUCUCCUUUGCUCCUUUCGGCUGGGCCCCCAGGGGCCCACGUGGCAAUCACGCUGCAUGUACCCCCUUCUAGUGCCUCGGAGUGUCGGUUUCUCACAACCUCACUGAAUAAAACCCACCUCAAGCG